AUGCAAGCCUUGUCGAGAUCUACAAGAUCAGUUAUUCUUCCAAAAUACUUUUUGUCUUCUACUCUCCACACUUCAGCUCUAUGUGCUGAACCAAAUAGCCUGAAGCAACCUUAUAGAGCUCCCAAUCCAAACAAACCAUAUGAAGAAGUUGAGAAAUACAAGCCUUAUAGUCCCUUCCGUGUUUCGCCUUCAAAUAAAGCCGAAUAUGUUGUUGCACGUAUGGAUGAUGUUGUUAAUUGGGCUCGAAAAAACUCGAUUUGGCCAAUUACAUUCGGUUUGGCUUGUUGUGCUAUUGAAAUGAUGCAAAUGGCUGGACCACGAUAUGAUAUGGAUCGUUUUGGUGUCGUUUUCCGGGCUAGUCCUCGUCAAACCGAUCUCAUGAUUGUCGCUGGUACUCUUACCAACAAGAUGGCUCCUGCUUUGCGUCGUAUUUGGGAUCAGAUGCCUCAUCCAAAAUGGGCAAUUUCCAUGGGAUCUUGUGCAAACGGUGGUGGAUAUUAUCACUAUAGCUACAGUGUGGUUCGUGGAGUCGACCGUAUUAUCCCAAUUGAUAUCUACGUUCCCGGUUGCCCGCCUACAGCUGAGGCCCUUCUUUACUCAAUUUUGCAGCUUCAAAAGAAAAUCAAAUAUAUGAGAACCCAACAAUUUUGGUAUAGAAAGUAA